AUGGCGCCUAGAAGUCCGCCCCUGCCCCUCCACCCGCCCCUCCACCCGCCCCUCCAGCCCCCUCCCCGCUCGCCGCCCUGCGGGUUGACCCGCUACGACACCACCGGCGCCGCCUGGACCUACGACUUUGCGCCGCUCGCCGCUGCGCCGCUCACAGCUGACGGCGAGCGCUUCAGCUUCCGGCUCGCGCUCUGCGGCGUCGCGGAGGCAGCUUGCCGGCCAGCCGCGUGCGUCAACGCCAGCGUGUGCGAGCCGUACGACGAAAACCUCGCCCAGCACGGCGCGGCGGUCGCCUUUGUGCGAGGUGCGGUCGCACCGGGGCCGGCAGGCAGGGGCGGCUGCUUUGAGGAGGGGCCGCAGCGCAGCGCGGCCGCCUGCACGGCACCGUGCAGCGUCCUCGCGCCAGCCACGCUGCCAGCGAAGAAAGGCGGCGAACUGCAGCCGCACUCCUCCCGCUGGGAGCUCUCGUCAACCGAGCGUCAACCGCACCAGCCGGGCUGGUUCCGCCUCCCGGGCCCACGCCGCAAGCCCAGCUCGGAGCCGCCUCCCCGCAUCAACUGCACAGAGGGCGGCCGCAGCACACGCCGCCUGACCGUCCUCGUCGAGUGCGACGCCGAGGCGGCCAGCGGCGCCGGCGCCGUCCUCCUCCCCCCCGCGGACGAGUCCGCCUGCGAGGUGCGGACACGCCUCGCCUGCUUCUCGUUCCGUUGGCGCGCGGGCGACUGGGGCGCGUGCGACCCGGCCGCAGGCGUCGAGCGGCGCCAGGCGCGCUCGAUUGUCGCGAGACAGCGGGCCGUCCUGCAGCGCCAGCGGCUGCUGGCGAUGACGCAGUCCUACCAGGCGCUCUCCGCUGUCCCGAGCCGAGGGCCGCGCGACGGCAGCGACGCCUCGCCGGCGGCCGGCGACGCCGCGGCGCGCUUCGACACGUCGGCCGGCGGCGUCAGCAGGGAAGGCCUCGUGGCGGCGGCGCAGCCUAGCCUCGCCCAGCCGCCUGCGCCCGACUCGGCAGAUCCGGGCGGUGUGCUCUCGUGAGGGGGAGGGGGUACAACUUGGGGUACACAUGUACACUCCGUGCUCACUGCGAAUCUCAGAAGCCUCUUGCGUGCGUAUAGUGUAGAACAGAGGGCAGGUUAGAGAGAGAGAACCGUUGUCCUCGGUAAGACUU